AUGAAAAAACAUAGAGGAAUAAGAAAUCAUGUAUGCAACGUUUGCAAUAAAGCGUUCUUUGAAGUUUCCAAGUUGAAUGCACAUAUGAGAGUGCAUACUGGUGAAAGACCAUUCGAGUGUCAAUAUUGUUCGAGAACGUUCGCACAGCAGUCCGCGUUAAUAUACCACAAGCGCACUCACACUGGGGAGAGGCCGUUCGCCUGCAAACUUUGUCCCGCGCGCUUCACAACAUCAUCUGCACGCAAUAACCAUAUGUUAACACAUACUGGUAAUAAGAAGUUCGUGUGCCCGGUGUGCUUCAAAGGCUGCACGUCCCGCACGGAGCUGCGCGUGCACUCGAGCAAGCACACUGGGGAGAAGCUGUUCGGAUGCGCGCAGUGCUCGCAGCGGUUCAGCUCCGCCUCGUACCUGGCGGUGCACCGCCGGACGCACACUGGAGAGAAGCGGUAUCAAUGCGAUGUAUGUGGGAAGGGUUUCAUAGAAUGCAGUUCGUACAAAAAGCAUGUGAAAACACAUGCCCUAGAUAAAAAAGAGAACGAAGUGGCAAAUAACGCAGAAACAUACGAAACGGAGGAAACUAAAGAAACAAUAUCCGAAGGAAAAUGUACUGAGAAAGUGGAGGAAGUUCAGGAAGAUAGUGCACAGGAAACACAGAUUGUGCAAAAUCAAGAAAAUGGCACACAAAAGAGGUUUAAGUGCGGUCUGUGCGUCAAGAGCUAUAUGUAUUUGCACAGUUUAAAAAAACACAUGUACAGUCAUGUGCAAAUGUGUGUGCUGAGUCCCGACGGGUCUGAGAGAUUGUAUGCCUUCAAGCAACAACAAGAGCUACAACAGCAACAACAACAACAGCAGCAGCACCAACAACAGCAGCAACAACAACAACUCCAACAACAACACCAAGUGCAGCAACAGGUGCAGCAACUACAACAGCAAGUGCUGCAAGUGGGCAGUGUGCAGCAACUAGCAGUGCCAAUACAUACACCACAAGGCAUCACUGUAUCUGGAGUGCAGGGCGGUCAACAAUAUCCAGUUAUAUCCACGGUGCAGUCGCUUCAAUUGCAACAAACACACCAACAAAUCAAUACGCAACCGCAAUUACAAGUGCAGACGAUACAGAUACAUCCCCAACACCAGCCCAUACAAAUACAUGCGGUGGGUGUGCAGCAGGUGCAGCAGGAGCAGCUGCACGUGGCUACUUCCUCUUGCCAGACCAUGCUGCCCAAUAUAUUACAGUUACAGCCGGGUGCGGUGGUGUCGGGCUUGGGACAGGGGCUAGGGCAGGAGCUGAGCGGCGUGCACCGCAUCAUUCUGCAGCCCAAUCAGCAUCCUGCGCUGUACACUAUACACCAU